AUGAGCAUAAAUAUUCCGUCAGUUGCUAAACAUCAGAGAUAUUUAUGUCACUAAUCUCUCACAAAUAUCGCGAGUUUGUUCAUUCCUCACUAGUUAACAAACGAAAAACUACUGUAUCAAUCAUGCGGCUAAUUCAAAUUUGAGUUACAGUGUUUUGAAAAGGUCUCUUAAUUGCGGUGUUAAGACUGAAUUUUCUCGCAAAAUUCUCUUGUGCCACUGUGCAGCUGCAAAAAAAAAACUCGUCGUUAAAACAAUCAAUAAAGUACAGAUAAACAAUAGAAUAUGGCUCUGCACAGUGUCCCACCAAAACGAAAAGAAAUCUAUAAGUAUGAAGCGCCGUGGCCACUUUAUAGCAUGAAUUGGUCGGUACGUCCCGACAAAAGAUUUCGUUUGGCAUUAGGCAGCUUUGUGGAAGAGUACAACAACAAAGUACAAAUUGUUUCUCUAGAUGAAGAAACUUCAGAGUUUAGUGCAAAAAGUACCUUUGAUCAUCCUUACCCAACAACUAAAAUUAUGUGGAUACCAGAUAGCAAAGGUUUAUUUCCGGACCUGUUGGCAACAUCGGGGGAUUAUCUGCGAGUUUGGCGGGCUGCAGAGCCAGAAACCCGCCUAGAGUGUGUUCUCAACAAUAAUAAGAAUUCUGAUUUUUGUGCACCCCUAACUUCGUUUGAUUGGAAUGAGGUAGACCCAAAUUUGAUUGGGACUUCGAGUAUAGAUACAACUUGUACCAUUUGGGGUCUUGAGACUGGGCAGGUGCUAGGGCGAGUGAAUUUGGUGACCGGCCAUGUGAAAACGCAAUUGAUUGCUCAUGAUAAGGAAGUUUAUGACAUUGCAUUCAGUCGAGCUGGUGGAGGAAGAGAUAUGUUCGCAUCGGUUGGAGCUGAUGGAUCGGUACGAAUGUUUGAUUUACGGCACUUGGAACAUUCUACAAUUAUAUAUGAAGAUCCACAACACACGCCACUAUUACGUCUUGCGUGGAAUAAACAAGACCCUAAUUACUUAGCAACUGUUGCAAUGGAUGCUUGCGAAGUUAUAAUUUUAGAUGUACGUGUUCCCUGCACACCUGUUGCCAGGCUAAAUAACCACAGAGCAAGUGUAAAUGGGAUAGCUUGGGCACCACAUUCAAGUUGUCAUAUCUGCACAGCCGGUGAUGAUCACCAAGCGCUGAUUUGGGAUAUCCAGCAGAUGCCUAGGGCUAUAGAGGAUCCAAUUCUUGCUUACACCGCUGCGGAAGGUGAAGUUAAUCAAAUCCAGUGGGGUGCAACGCAACCAGAUUGGAUUGCAAUCUGUUACAACAAGGCUGCUGAAAUCUUACGAGUUUAGUUAAUUCCAGGUAGGUCAAAUACUUUCCACAGAAAUUGGAGGUUGCAUCUAUGGAUGCUUCAAACUUUUUACAAAACGAAAAAUACGGUUCAUUUUUACGUUGACCUAGCCACAACUAAAACAGACUUUUUCGAACAUUAAUAAUUAUAUGGUAGAAUGAUUAUUUAUUUGAACCGAUCUUUUUAGUCUUUUUUUUCUGAUUCUCCAUUAAUGUUUGACAAUUAUUGACCAUGUUUACAAACAUGCAAGAAGUGAUUAGUUUGCCAUUGACCAAACUUCACCUUCAAUACUUCAAUACUUGUGUGAGCACUUUUAAAAUAAUUCGUUACAAAAUUUUUAUAGUUUAUCGUACUAUUAUUAUCUAAAAAGAUAUCAUAUCUCCGUCACUCUCAUGAUUAUUGAAUUUAUUACACUUAAUGGUAAGUCAUGGGUACCAUGGCUUUGAUUCUCGUACCUAUUUUGAUGUUGUGUAUGUACUAACAUGGGUUAACAUAAUGAAUUUGUUCUGAGAAGGACCGAGCGGGGUGGAGGGGAGGAACAUAUGAACAAUACCUGGUAAUUAUUCGUUCUUUCCGGCACAGGAUCACAGUUGUCAGCUAAAGAAUUCAUCCAAUUUAUGGAGCUAGCAAAGUUCACACGCGUUUGAAUAGUCAAAAUUUUAUGAGAAUACAUUUAUGCAAAAAUGUUCGACAACUUUGAUUCAAGCUCCUGAUAAGUGAUGUUAGUUUUGUAUCAUUUUAUUUAUAAAUAGCUGAAUAAGUAGCUUUUAGAAUUAUUUAGUACCGUGAUUCAAGUAUCAUAGUAUUAUUGUAUAAAAGCGUACAGAAUCAUCUCAAUUGAUAACAUCGGUAGUUUAACUUACAAUCAAUGUUAGAUUCGUUCCACAGUCAAAUAGAGACAGGCCAAAAUAUCGUUGGUUUCAAUUGACAUGUUCGCGCGAUUAGAGUUAAUAAAGUUUUGUAUACCAAUUAUCGUGUAGUAUCCAUCAUUCUUGCCGUGUAAUGGCAAAGAUUUCACGUAGAUCUAUUUGUAAUUAUGAAUUGUACUUAUCAGUCAUUCAAUGGGAAAACCAACAUUACAAUUAGAGUGAGAGCAGCAGAACUAUGUAAUGAGUAUCAUCUUCAUUGAGUGUACAAUUUUAUGAACAUUAGAAAAGAAAUGCUAAUAUUCUAGUGCUAAUAUUGUUCAAACAAAAAUUCUGAACAAUCAUCUUUUAAUACGUAAAAUCUUUGUGCGAUGACUCCUUAAUUGAAAA